CAGCAAAAACUUUGCAAUAUCUUUCUGCAACUACCUUAUAUUUAAGCUGCUGGCUCUUAGUGUUUACGCAAAAAGGCCGUAUGGACAAAAAGAGAAUGGGACGAAACGACUGAGUGCUGCGCUUAUGUCUCGUGCCAGUCUCUUCUGGCCUCUUAAUCCCUGGUAAUCCAUGAUUUCGAGAGAAAAACUCGUUUUCUAAAAAGACACAGAGUGCCAACAGCUCAACCUCAUAAUAGGUCCGUAGGACAAAAUAGAAAAAUCCAUUUUGCACAUCGGAACAAGACCAUUAAGGCCAAGCAAGUGCUUACAAAGGACUUGGGACAAAAUAUGGCAAGAUAUUGUCCUACUGGGAAAAUAAUUUUGGCAUUUACUGCGGUUGUGUGCUUUGUAUGUCCAGCCGUGGCGUGGCAAUGCAGCAACUGUGCGGUUCCAUAUAAAGCCGUGGGCUGCUUCCAGGACAGUCCAGCUCGUGCACUCAAAGAACAAGUGCUGAAUGAGCGCGACCCAAAAAGUAAAGUGUACAAAGGCAACAGGAUCGAUUGGACGAACUGGAAUAAUUACAUGCCAGCGUUUGCUUGCAGAUGUGCGGAGAUUGUCAAGGCUAAAGGCUACACUGUGUUCGGCUUGCAGUUCUACGGUAGGCGUUGGCAAACAUCCCCGGGGGAGGGAGAAAAUUCCACAUAAAAAGGACGGCGGUUUCCCGUCGAAAAUUUUGAAAA